AUGUUCAACCCAAUGAACCCGCCAGUCAACAACUACGUGGAACACUGUUACCUUCGGCCGCUCCAUGGGCAGAGCCAACCCAGCAGCAUGGUGGAAGGAAUCAACGACUUGUCAUAUUACCACCAGGCACCCAGCAGCAACUCCUGGGUAAAAGUGCAGCAGAGGCCUGAUUCGGAUGAGAACUGCAGCAAAGUUCCCUCACUGCGCCAAAGCCCGUCCGUUGGAUUCCAGAACCCCAUGGGCCACCAGAAAGCCCAGGGGAUGUCAUUUGGUCACAACCCCCCUAUGGUUCCCUGUGGGUCUCUUGAGCACCUGCCUGGUCGGACGGGAAUGAUGCACCACAUGCCGCCGCCUUGUGGGAUGCUGAAGCACUGCCAGCUGAAGUCAGAGCCAAGCCUGGGCAGCCCUCUGGAUGCCCUGAGCACCAAGUGCCCGGAGGAGUGCUCGGAGGGUGACAUUUCCAGCCCAGCCUCUACGGGGACACAGGACCCCUUGCUAAGCAUUCUAGAUCCUCGGGACGAGCUGGAGAAGGAAGACGGGAAGGUGGAGGCGGAGGCCGUGUACGAGACCAACUGCCACUGGGAAGGGUGCUCCAAAGAGUUCGACACCCAGGAGCAGCUGGUGCAUCACAUUAACAACGAACACAUCCACGGGGAGAAGAAGGAGUUUGUGUGCCACUGGCAUGACUGCUCACGAGAGCAGCGGCCCUUUAAAGCUCAGUACAUGCUCGUCGUCCACAUGAGGCGCCACACAGGAGAGAAGCCCCACAAGUGCACAUUCGAAGGAUGCAACAAGGCCUACUCACGUCUGGAGAACCUCAAGACCCACUUGCGCUCCCACACGGGCGAGAAGCCCUACGUCUGCGAGCACGAGGGCUGCAAUAAGGCCUUCUCCAACGCCUCCGACCGGGCCAAGCACCAGAACCGGACACAUUCCAAUGAGAAACCCUACGUCUGCAAGAUCCCCGGCUGCACCAAGCGCUACACGGACCCCAGCUCUUUGCGCAAGCACGUCAAGACGGUGCACGGGCCGGAUGCUCACGUCACCAAGAAGCACCGCGGCGAUACGGUGCCCAGCAGCCGGAUGCUGGCCCUCCACGGAGACAUGAAGCAAGAGAGGGAUAGUGAGGGCAGGAAGGAAGAGGGCAAGCUAGUGGUGCCUGACUCUAACUUGAAACCGCAGCCCAGCCCUGGGGGCCAGUCGUCCUGCAGCAGCGAGCGCUCUCCCUUGGGCAGCGCCAACAACAACGACAGCGGCGUGGAGAUGAACGCCAACACAGGCGGCAGCUUGGAGGACCUGUCGGCGCUGGAGGAACCCUCGGAGUCCAUGGGGACCUCAGGGCUGUCGGCCUUGCGCAAGCUGGAGAACCUGCGCAUCGACAAGCUCAAGCAGAUGCGCAAACCCUUGUCGGGAAAGGGAGUCAAGCUGCCUUCCAUCUCCGGAGCAGGCCCCCCUCGAGAGAUGUCCGGCCUGUGCGGGCCACCCUCCGCUGUCUCGCAUCGGCGCAUCAUGGAGCUGUCGUCCGGUGACCUGCCCUCCUUGCCCGUACCAGGGGAGCGCCGCGGAAGCACCACCAGCACCGUCAGUUCAGCCUACACCGUCAGCCGCCGUUCCUCCGUGGUGUCUCCGUAUCUGCCGGGAGGGGGAGCCCCCAACGGGCUAGGCCCCCCCGAUGGGUAUGACGCCAUCUCUCCCGAUGCCUCCAGGCGCUCCAGCAACGCCAGCCACUGCGGGGGUCUUCCGGGGCUGGGGAACCUAACGCCAGCCCAGCAGUACCGUCUCAAGGCCAAGUAUGCUGCAGCAACAGGCGGGCUGCCUCCGACUCCGCUACCCAACAUGGAAAGGGCGUGUCAGCCGGGCUUCAUUGGAGAGUAUUCGGGCUCCGCCCCCCCUCCUUUCAUGCGGAGGCACAGCGCCAAUGAGUACCACAGUUACAGCACUGGCAUCCUCCACCCCCACCUAGCGCCGAAUCACAACACCCGCCGGGCCAGCGAUCCCUCUCAGACGGUGGGUGAGGCGCACCCGGUUCCCAGAGUGCAACGCUUCAAAAGUCUCAGCAACAUGAGCCCGGCCGGCAUGGGCAGAGGAAGCGGGCAGCCUGUCGGGGGCUCCGACGCCAACCUGCAGCGCCACCUCUUCUCCCCAAGGCCGCCGAGCAUUAGCGAAAAUGUCUUUUUGGAGAGCGCGGCCAUGGAGAGCGGCGGCCUGGCCGGAGAGCCAGAACUGCUCGAGAUAGAACCAUACCUCGGCUACCCGGAACAAAACUACCCGUGCCAAACGGUGAGCAUGGAACUCCAAAGUGACGCGGCCCUUAGGGGCACCCCCCGGGCGAUGGCUGACUUGCAGAUAAGUCCGGGCAGCCACGGGCAGCUCGAGGGUAGCUUUGAGCAGCCGGAUUACGUCCAGCCUCCCUGCCAGAUGAACCCAGCGUUCCACCCGGCACGGCAGUGGGAUGGCAACAGCUCAGGGAUGAAUCCCCUGCCCCCUGCGGGCAUGGUGCAGUGCCACUCUACCCAGUUCCCGGUCCCCGAUGCCAAGCACAUGGGCGUGGAGCCGGGCAGUGAAGGACAGCGGGGGGCGUUCCAGUUCGGCCAGCUGCACAUCAAGGCCGAGCAGCAGUUCCCAGCGGCCACCCCGGCCCUCACCUCUUGCCAAGGGAUGAAGCACCUGCCUUUCGGCCAAGCGCAGCCGAUGUGUGGAGGCGGCGAGUACCCGCCGGAGAGCCAGCAGGGCCCUUGCUUCGGCAUGGGGCAAGCCCCGGGCAGGAGAACCCAGACCCCGAUGCUGCACGUGAAGGAGAUGAUGGUGCGGAGUUACGUGCAGUCGCAGCAAGCUCUGAUGUGGGGCGAGCCGCAACCGGGCGGCGAUGUCCUAAUGGGCGUGGACGGGAUGGAGGGCGGGCAGUGCCAGCCGUACCCCGGCCCCAAGUACUCCAACUACCCCACCAGGCCCCCCCAAGUGAUGGAUAACAAAGCAUCUUCCGGUCCCAGCAGCCAGUGUUACAACCCGGGGAUGGUCCCGCACCCGCCCGGUGGACCCAAGCCACUGAGUCGGCAGAGCAGCUUGAGCUACCAAGGGAGCCCCUCUUGCGAACCCUCCAGCGACGCCAGCCCCCGCCGGAUGAUGCGCUUGCCCCCUCUCCAUGGCCCCGAGGAGGUGUGUUACUCCAGCCAGGUGCACAUGCAGCUGGGCAAAGGUGCCGGGCAGAAGCUGAUGGGCGCCCACCAAAGGCGUAACCCCCCGUCCAGCUGCGUGGCCGAGGAUCCGGGGGGGGCCUUCGCCCCUGGGCUGGAGGGCCUGAAGCCAGACUCUUUCUCUUACCUGCCGGAGGAACAGGUGUCCAACAGCCUGGACACUCUGGACUUGGAGAACACCCACUUGGACUUCACGGCCAUCUUGGACGAAGCCGAGGCCAUCUGCCCCAGUCCCCCGCCUGGCGUCCCGGCCAACAUGGCCGUGGGGGAUAUGAGCUCCAUGCUGAACUCCCUGGCGGGGGAGAACCAGUUCCUUAACACCCUGUCCUAG